GGGGCGGGGCCCAGGGGGGGGCUGAGCCCGGCCAGGAGCCGCCAAGUUGGUAAACAAGGCCCGCGCCUCGUGGUGCGGCUGGGCGGGCGGGCGCGCGCGCGGCGGAGUCGGACGUGGCGUUGUGCGGGGGGCAACGCUGAAAGGGGGUCAGUCAUGGCAGGUGAUGCCAUCAUGCUGAUCAGAGGCUUGGCUAAGCUCAGUAAGGCCAUCAUAGAGACCCAAGUAGGACAGCUGCGGCAAGGAGUUGUUGGUGGCGAUGCAGCUAUCAUUGCAAGGACCUUUCAGACCACUGUUGAAGAGCAAUUCAGUGCUGCCGUGGGAAAGAUGCAGGAUCUGGGUAAACAGCAAGAAAACUUAACUGAUCUCAGUGAGGAUUUUGGGAGCGAUUACAAUUUCUCGGGGCCAGAGUCAUCAAAUGCUACAAAGGACUACUCAUCUCCAGGCCAGCCUAACAAAGGUAACGGUACAGAGGGUCCAGCUUACACCUACGCCACAAACGGACCUUUUAGAAAUGUCAGCGAGAUUGGAGAUGCAAGCCCAGGGCAGAUUCCCUUCUCUGCCAAAGUGAAUGCAAAGCUAUUUGGAGGCUUUAGGGACCCUGGAAAUCCUUUUGCUGCUGCUUUUGGGCAAAACAGGGCUUUUCAUCAGGACCAUUCCUCUGUCAGUGGGCUAACAGCUGAAGAUAUUGAUAAAGCCAGGCAGGCCAAAACCGAUCCGGAACACAAACCUCACAAACAAAUGCUAAGUGAACGGGCCCGAGAGCGGAAGGUGCCAGUCACACGACUUGGGAGACUCGCUAACUUUGGAGGACUAGCUGUUGGUCUUGGCAUUGGGGCCUUGGCAGAAGUUGCAAAGAAGAGCCUUAGACAUGAAGAACGCAAUGGAAAUAAAGCAGUUAUGGAUUCCAGCCCCUUCCUGUCAGAGGCCAAUGCAGAAAGAAUUGUGAGAACUCUGUGCAAAGUGCGGGGAGCUGCACUGAAGCUAGGACAGAUGUUGAGCAUUCAAGAUAACGCCUUCAUCAACCCUCAUCUCCAGAAGAUUUUUGAGCGUGUACGUCAGAGUGCAGACUUCAUGCCAAUAAAGCAAAUGAUGAAAACUUUGAACGACGACCUCGGUCCCAACUGGAGGGAUAAACUGGAGUUCUUUGAAGAGCGUCCCUUUGCUGCGGCUUCCAUUGGCCAGGUUCACCUGGCACGCUUGAAGAAUGGUAAAGAAGUUGCUAUGAAGAUCCAGUACCCUGGUGUAGCCCAGAGCAUCAAUAGCGAUGUUAGCAAUCUGAUGACUGUCCUGAGCAUGAGCAACGUUCUCCCGGAAGGUCUGUUUCAUGAGCACAUGAUUGAAGUUUUGAGCAGAGAAUUGGCCAUGGAGUGUGAUUACAAGAGAGAAGCUGCCUGUGCUAAGAAAUUCAAGGAGCUGUUGAAGGAUCACCCUUUCUUUUACGUGCCUGAUGUAGUGGAUGAGUUGUGCAGCCAGCAUGUCCUGACCACGGAUCUGGUGUCUGGGUUCCCGCUGGACCAAGCAGAAGGAUUGAGCCAGGAAAUCCGGAAUGAGAUCUGCUCCAACAUCCUGAUUCUGUGCCUGCGGGAGCUGUUUGAGUUCAGGUUCAUGCAGACUGAUCCAAACUGGUCUAACUUCUUCUAUGACCCACAGCUGCACAAGGUGGCCCUGCUGGACUUCGGUGCAAGUCGUGGGUUUGGCGAGGACUUCACUGACCUCUACAUUGAGGUAAUAAAGUCGGCUGCAGAUCAGGACAGAGAGACAGUUUUGAGGAAGUCGAUAGAAAUGAAAUUCCUUACUGGUUAUGAAGUCAAGGAGAUGGAAAAUGCCCACUUAGAAGCUGUUCUCAUCCUGGGAGAGGCUUUUGCGUCUGAGGAGCCAUUUGACUUCGGCACCCAGAGCACCACAGAAAAGAUCCAUGGUUUGAUCCCGGUCAUGCUGAAGCAUCGACUUGUCCCUCCGCCAGAGGAGACCUACUCGCUCCACCGGAAGAUGGGGGGCUCUUUCCUCAUAUGCUCCAAACUGAAGGCCAAAAUCGCCUGCAAAAACAUGUUCCAGGAGGCCUAUAGCAAAUACUGGAGCAAGAGGGCCAAGGAGCAGGAGCAGUAGUGAAGAUGAACUAAUAAGUGUCUCAUUCUUAAGGCCCAAUCCUACUGUAUCUAGCAAAGAGCAAUGUUGUCUGUCUCACAUUCUCAUCUCGAGAUGUAGCAGCCUGUGUGCUGGAAGUUCAAUGUUUGUUUCACAAGGACAAAGUCUUUCUUUAACACAGCGUCUGUCCUAGACUCUGCCAUUAGACUCCCAUGGCUUACAGGAAUUGUCUUCCUGAGGUGGUGGGGCUUAGUCCGCUGUGUUCUUCCACACUGUUCAAAGCACCAACCAGCUAUCUCUAGUGCAUUUUUAACAUUGAUGGUGACUGCAUACUGUGGCUGGGUUUUUAUCAUGUGUUGGGCAGGGUUGAGAGGAGAGUUAGAGAGAACAAAACCAGGACUAGUUUAUAUUGAAACCUGAUUAUAAUUCUUUGUUUAAAAUCAUUAAAAAAAAAAAAAGACUCCCCUUCACCCCUUUCUUUUUGCUAAGGUGGAAUUUGAAUGGUUUUCAUACUGUGAAUUGUAGAAUAACAUACCUGGUAACCUAGAACAGACCUCUGUCUUGUAAGAUGAAUGGUGGCCAUCAGAGAAGCCUGGAUUUUUACUGACAGGGAUAUCAUGUAAGAUGUGUACACAUAGGAUGAAAUUUUAUGCCUUCUGCCUCCCUUUUUGUCUUCUGCUUGCAGGCUAAAGCUAUCUGAUGCAGGGGGUGCCAAAAUUUAUAUUUAAACAUAUCCACAGAGAACUCCUGCUCAGAAAGUCAGUUGUUUUUUAAUUUUGAGUUGAAUGUAUAAACAAAGGAGCUGUGCAUAAGCACAAAUAGUGGGAAUCUUCCCUUAGCUGGUAUGUAUCAGCUCCCCUGAUGGCCAAAGCCCUGACACUUCUUGGCUUGUUAGAGUCCCAGCAAAGAAACUAGUCUCUUUGCCUUCCUGUGCCCUCCAAUGCAGAGUUUGAGGGAAGGGGGAAACAUUCUCUGGGAUUCUCUUAUCCUCUUAUGGGCAUUUCAAGCUUUUGCUGAAAUGUGUAUUACAUGUUUAUAGCCAAACGCACAGUUUUAAAGAAUUGGAGUCAGACUAGCAAACUUAACUUGUUAGGGUUUUGUACAAUUCUUGUAUCUGUAUGACUUAAUGAUUUCAAUAAAAAAGUGCUUGUGCA